AUGUCAACGAAAAGUGUGUGCGUUCGAAUUUUGCGUGAAAUUCCCGCAGGAGCAGUGCUUACUUAUGCCGUCCUUUUGAUAGUCAUCGUCGGGCAGGUCGUCGUGGCAUCUUCUAGGGUGAUCUGUUACUACACUAACUGGAGUCAGACACGUGCCAACGAGUAUUCCUAUCAGCUGGAAGACAUACCCGGCCAUCUCUGCACUCACGUAGCGUACAGCUUCCUCGGUGUAGACGCAGCUACAUCGGAGUUGGUAUCGUUGAAGCCUGAGUUCGACGUCGCGCAGGAUGGCUUUGGACGAUUUCGAGAUCUCAAGCAGCGUUUCCCGAAUCUCAAGCUUAUCGUUUCGGUGGGCGGUUGGACUCACGGUGGAGAAAAUUUUAGCCAGAUGGCCAGCUCGCGGGACAGCAGGCUGAAAUUUGUGGCCAGUGUCGUGACCUUCAUGGAACGGUAUCGUCUGGACGGGUUCGAGAUUGUGUGGCUUUGGCCCGGAGCACCGGAACGUGGUGGACGUCCGCAGGAUAAGGACAACUUCUACUACCUAGUGGAUGAGCUGAAGCAGGCCUCCCAGCGUACAGCCAGACCAUGGGAGGUAUCGAUUCAGGUGCCAAUCGAUAGGGCGCGACUUACCGUGGGUUAUCAGCAGGAAUGGCUUUGUCAAGCUGCCGACUACGUUCACCUUGCCGGAUACGAUCUUCGGGGCCCAUGGACGGGACAGGUGGAUGUGCACAGCAUUCUAAAACGUCGUCUACUUGAUGUGGACUACUUCUACACGUUUAACAUCGCGGAUGGUGUGGAAUCGUGGCUGAGCAAAGGCUGCACAGCUGACCAAAUCGUACUUGGACUUCCCGUGUACGCCCGAACGUACACCUUGCAGCAUCCAACGAACACCAGACCCGGGUCAAAGGCAUCGGGUCCGGGAGAAAUGGGCGCCAUUACGAACGAUCCAGGACUUUGGGCGUACUUUGAGCUUUGUGAAAAGCUAAACCAAACCGGCUGGACCCAAGAAUGGGACAAAACGGCUGCAAGUCCGUACGCGUAUCGAGGCGAUCAGUGGGUAGGCUUCGAAAAUGAGCUAUCCCUGGAGGAAAAGUCACGUUGGGCCACCGCCAAGGGUCUUGCCGGUGUCUACGUGUACACGCUGGACCUCGACGACUACCGGGGAAAGUGUGGACAAACGUAUCCGCUUUUGAACAGCCUCUCUAAGAUUAUGCAGAACAACACCGACGCUGAGGAAGAGUUCUCUUUUGCCAUAUUUCGCCAGUAGUGCGCAAUACCGUCUCGUGUUUGAUGAGUGUUUUUCUGUUCACCAUUUUCCCCAUGCUCUCAGAUUUAUGUACGGUGGAGUAGAAUUUUAACGUUUGUU